CGCGCGGCAUUACGGAAGAAGAGUUGUUGUAGUAGAGUGUUGUUGCCAUGCCGUCGAAACGCUGUUAUUUUCACCCCGAUUGCAAGUCUUUUGUGUUUGGCCUUCCUAGGGACGCUGGACUUAGGGAACAAUGGUUAAAAUUUAUGUUUAACUCUGUUCCUGACAAUUAUAAUCCUAAUUUAGCUGUCUGUGCUGCACAUUUCACGGAAGACAGCUUCCAGAAUCUACACGAAUUCAAUGCUGGAUUUGCACAAAGGUUAUUAUUGAAAGAUGGAGCAGUUCCCACUUUAAAAGCAGAAGCUGCUGUUUAUGGGACCCAACCUUACAGCCCAAAAGUUCGCUUGUGUGCUGCGCAUUUUACGAAGGACAGCUUCCUGAACCUGGGAGAAUACAACGCCGGUUAUACACAAAGGCUACUUCUAAAAAAUGGAGCAGUUCCCACUUUGGUCGGACAAUCUGGCGCUUCUGAAUCAAAACGUCAGCAAAAAUCCACAACGAUUGAUCUUCAGUACUCUCUUCAGUACUCUCUGAUGGUUCCAAAGAAAAGUACUGAGAACGGUGUGGAGGACAGUACAGGCAGUAGUGAUGAAGAUACGGAUAUUUGUGACCAGGACAGUGUGGCCAGCAGUGUGGACAGCAUAGCAGAGGAAAUGUUUAUGGAUGGCCUUGACUCGAUUCUAGAUCAGCCUUCACCUGACCUUUACCCACCAGAGGAGGACUGUGAUUCAGAGGCCAGCCUACAGCAGAGAAAGAGAUUCCGUCUGUCUUCCACAUCUUCUGCUGCUGAUGGAGGUGGCAGAGAGAGUGGAAAUUAUGAUUUAUCUGGUGUAUCAUCAGAAAGGUGGCACAACUCAGAUGAAGCAGAUGUUGAACCGCUUCAGCUGGACUUCAGUCCUGUCCAAGAACCUGGGCCAAAGUUUUUACCGAGUAAGUGCAGCAGUCCUCUGCAGUUUUUUCAACUGUUGUUUUCAAAAACAAUGUUGCAGACCAUUGUAGCCCACACAAAUGACUAUGGAGCCAAGUGCCGAGAGAGAAAGGGCAAGGUGUGGGAAAACAUUUGUCAAAACGACUUGAAGUCGUACAUAGCACUGGUCAUUUACAUGGGCAUGUUCAAGUGCUCUUCACUAGCUGACUAUUGGAGUGUGUCCCAGCAUUUCAGUCUGUCAUUUCCUGCAAAAAUCAUGUCUUGCCAGAAAUUUCGGUCAAUUUCCAAAUCUCUUCAUCUAAGUGACAGCAGGGAAGAUGAGAUGAACAGCUUUAGGAGGGGAACAUCAGCCUAUGAACGGCUGGGUAAAAUUCAACCCCUGUAUCAAGUCAUUAGGGAGGCCUGCAAGACGUUUUUUCAUCCCUUUCAGAACAUCACCAUUGUUGAAAGAAUGGUGACAUCGGAGGCUAGAACUGGGCUCAAGCGAUGCAUGAAAAAUGAAUCUCCAAACAUGGGGUACAAACUCUUUGCACUGACAGACUGCACCUGUGGCUAUACAUGGGACUUCUUUAUUUACGAGGGGAAGUCAUGUACGUCACAGAGCGAGGGCUUGAGUUAUGAGUCCGUUAUGGCGUUGGUGGAUGAAAAUAUGUUGGGCUCUGGGUACAAACUGUUUGUAGACAAAUUUUACACCAGUCCCACACUCUUCAGAGACCUCUUGUGUAAAAAGAUCUGGGCUUGUGGACCUGUUUGGGCAAACAGGACAGGUUUCCCAGAAACAACUGUGAACAGCUUGACAAGGAAUGCUCCACGCGGCACCAUGCGUUGGAUUAGGAACAACAAGCUCUUGUUUGUUGAGUGGAAAGACUCACAGAAAGUGCAGAUGUGUUCCACCUUCCACAAAGCCUAUGAAGGUGAUACUGUGCAGAGGAAGGUGAAGGGUGAUGCACAUCGAACCCUUGUGGAGGUCCCCAUUCCAGCUGCAGUGUUGGACUACAACAAAAACAUGGAGGCAGUGGAUCCACCUAAUUGCAUUACUGGACAUUACAGAGCUCUACAUAAACCAAAAAAGUGGUAUCAAUGUGUGUUUUAUCACUUUUUGGACAUCACCGUAGAGAAUGCAUUCAUAAUGCAGGAACUAAUGGCCAAGAGAAAGGACAUGAAGCCUUUGACCCGAAAGGCAUUCUUGGAGGUGCUUAUUUUAGAGCUUACAGAAAUGGGUCCUCAGGACUCGGCACCAGUUUCCUCAGCUCCCUCUUCAGUGGUUCUUCAGUAGUUCCCUCUUCAUUCCUCAAGCCAAAGCACAUCACACCAGACAACAUUGGAAGAAGGAAGUGUACUCUUGUGAUGUUGUUGAUCCCCAAGAGGGACCGUUUCAAUGAUUGGCAUAAAAAACAAGGAUUUUGAUUUAUGGCUUCUGUGAAUGUAACGUUGUUAAGGGUCGUUUUUUUCCCCACCCACUGCUAGGUGCAUUACUUGAUUCCAAUAGUGUGGUGCAGGUAUGGCGUCAGAACCCAGAAGUCUAAUUCACCGCUGGUUCCUUUGAGAUUUUCCCAUGGCGUUUUAUAAUGGGGUUUUCAAUUUAUUUGUAAAAUAAAGCCUGUGGUAAACAUAACUUGACAGUACUUUAACAUUUUGUUCUACAAUGUACACUUCACACUCUCACACCCCAAGCUGUCUUAUCUAGUACAUUUUUCAAAAAUUAACAUAACUGCUUCAAAAUUUGCAUUUUCUCUAUGGGUAAUUUACGUGGUAGAGCAAAACGUCAAAGGCUAGUCAAGUUAUGUUUACCUCAGGCUUUAUUUUAAACAUGAAACGAAAAACCCCAUAGGAAAAUCUCAAAGGAACCAGUGGUGAAUUAGUCUUCCAAGUUCUGAUGUCAUAACCUGCACCACUCUAUUAUCAGAAUAUUUAAAUUGUGUUUGUUACAUUGUAAAGUGAAAUAAAUGUUUUGAAUAGUAUUUAAUUAUCUACAUUUUAUGUAGGUUGUUGGUUUACAUAUGUGCAUUUAAAGUCCUCAAAUGGUCUUUUUGAAAACAUGCAUUGGCAAGGGAAACAUUUCACUGGCAUUUGAAUCAGAAUUUAGUCAAAUCUGUCAAUUUGGUACCAAUGUCAUUUUGUAGGUUAUUUUGAGCUAACAUGGUGGUUUAUGAUGCCACCUAUUAUUUUAAUUCCACAUAUAUUUUCUGUCACAGAGAUUCUCCUGAAAUUAUGCAUCUCUGCAACCCUGCAAGAACAUUUAUUCAGAUGACUGAUGUAAAUUGCUAUUUUUAUUUUUUUUUAUUUUUUGUACUGUGAAUACAGCGUUUCAUUGCAGGAGGAAAGUUUGACUUUUCACAUGUCACCAAAACUUCAUCCACAGAAACUGAAGCUAUGGCUGAAAUAUUACAAAUAAAGCAUACUGGAAAUUUACAUUUUCAUUAAAACAGUUUUUCUUUGAAAGAUAAGGAACAAGAAACAUUUAUUUAGAAAGUUUUUAUAUAUUUUGAAAGUUCAAAAGAACAGCAUUUAUUUGAAAUAGAAUCUUUUGUAACAUUAUACAUGUCUUUACUAUCACAUUUGAUCAAUUUAAUGCAUGCUUGCUGAAUAAAAGUAUUAUUUUCUUAUUUAAUUUGUUUUCAAAAAAAAAAAAAAAAAAGUAGAAAUUCUUACUGACCCCAAACUUUUGAACAGAGUGUAUAAUGUUACAAAAUGCUGUUCCUUUAUUUAUUUGUAAAGGGACCAUGUACAAUUUUUAACAUAAAUGUUUCCAUUCCA